CUCUCUGUCUUUCUCCAUAAAUUAAAGCUGGAACACGGAGUAGGUUUAUGGGACGGAGAACCCACGGUGACAUCUCUUCUUUAUAUAAACCCUCCCUUCUCGAUCGAGAACACAUCCAAAUUGGCUGACUAGAAACCGUUCUUCUUCGUCUACUUCGUAGCCAUGGCAAUGGAGGUCUUGCGGCCUCACGACGUCCUCAUGGCCCAGCAGAUGCGGCACAUACCAGCCAUCCUCCCCUCCCCGAAACCUAAAAGAAACCCUAACCCCAAGCCCUCGAGGAAGCCGCCCUCACCACGGCCGGAGGCCAGGAAGCGGCGGGAGGCCUCCGUCAAGCCGGCCAAGACCGGCGAAGGAAAACGCCCGGCGGUGGCUCACGUGACGAUCCUGAAGCGAGGAGAGCCGCUGGACGCGUUCAGGAACCCGGAGGCGGAGGCGGCGCCGGUGUUCGGGACGGGGAGGAUGGGGCCGGACCCGGAGAUGAUCCCGAAGCAGAUCGGUACGGGGGGUCUGAAGGCGGCCGCGGCGGUUUACGCCGGGUCGGCCUUCUCGGUCUCGCCGUCGCCGAGCUCGCUGCCGCUGCCGAGCUUUUCGGUGAAGAAGGAGGAGGUGCCGGCGAUCGUAGACUACGCGACCAAGGAUCUCAGGCGUUUGCUCCAUCUGGAGUAGACAGCAGGAAUUAAGAACUUCCAUUCUUCUUGAUUUCGGAUCGAAAUCUCUCCGUCGUUUUUGCGAAAACGGGAGAAAUGAUCUGGGAUCUGAUGAUGGAAUGGACGGUUCGAUGAAAAACUCGUGAUGAUGGUUUUAGGGGUUAAGUGUAUGAUUAAAGACAGAAAUGAUUUUUUUUUUUCGUUUCUUUGUUCUGUUUUACACGUUCAUACUGGUUUCUCUUGGGGACAUUCACACAACUACUUCAAUUAAUCACCGUCGAUCAGAUGGGCUUCACUUCAAUCAAUCACUGUCAAUCA